GACAAGUUUUUGACCUGGUUUAGUAUAUGACAUGAAAUUGAUAUCUGUAAUUAUAAUUCCAUACCACAUAAAAUCACUUUUUGAUCAAAAUCUUGUCUACAUCAUAUGGAGUAUUAUAAAAAGAUUCGCUUGGGAUACUUCUCCGGAACGAUUUUUUUGUGUGCAUUACUCGAGAUGUGCAUUGCAUGUAUAUGACUAUUACCUCCGUUCCAUAAUUCUUGUCUCAAAAUUGCCCAAAAAUGGAUGUAUCUAUUUCUAAAUCUAAAAAGCGUCUAGAUGCAUGUAAUAUUUCGACGAGAAUUACGGAACGAAGGGAGCACUUUUUUUUCUAGCCAUGUGUUCCUUGCAGCCUGUGCUCUCUCUGUCUCUAGUCUGUGCACGCCAAGGUUAUACUACCAUCCGGUGGAUGUGGAUAUCUGUACUGGCAGGGUCACUCGAUGUUCGUAAAUCGUAAUGAAUGGCGCCGCGCCCGCGGUGUUACCAUGGCCGAUUCGUGAGCCAAUCGUGGCACCAUGGAAGUGUUCGAAGCAGCUCUGACAAUCUGUGACUGAGAACUUAUUGGCGGAACCCUUAGGACGAUACUAUCUUCGUUUCAUAAUUCUUGUCGAAAUAUUACGAGUAUCUAGACGGUUUUUAGAAAUAGAUGCAUCCAUAUUUGGGCAAAUUUGAGACAAGAAUUAUGAAACGGAGGAAGUACCAACUUACGUAAAAGAACACCAAUCGCUAUACAAUCCGUACGAAAAGCUUCAAAGGAUACAAAGAACAAACAAACUUGAAGGUCGCACCGACUCGCCGUGCCAUUUCCAACCACGCGAUCCGACAUCAACACAAGAACAGGAAUAGAGUAACGAAAGUAGCAAAAACAUAGAAGCAGGAAUUUGGGUGGAAAAUUGUUCGUCAGUGGUAAACUGGUAAGGCCGUGCGAAUGAGGUGAAUGGUGGAAGAGUGUUUGUCGGUGAUAAAUUGGUAAGGCCGUGCGAAUGAGGUGAAUGAGGUGAUUGGAAUGGACGGAGCUGACUCUUUCUGAAGAUUUCACCAAGAAUCUGACGUAUUUUUGAUAAAUCUGGUUCUCUUGUUCGAUUAAACCCACAUUUGGUUGUUUCAAGACAGUUUGGAAAUUACCCUAUUUGGCACGAAAACUCUUGUUAAUGUAUCACAAUGCUUUAUUUUUUCCAAUCAUGUAUAGUAUAACUCAGUUGUAACCUACAACUCGACUUCAACCUACUCUGAACCAAGUUGAAACUUAUUAAAUUUUAAGAUUAUAGCCAACAAUAGAGUGGCGCCAAACUAUACAACCCAAAGAGGCAAACGUGAAAAUAUUGUUAAAAAUGGGACGAAACAUGCAAUUACAACGCAUAAAAUGACUAAACUAAAUUAGUCAUAAAUAAAAUCCCGAAUUUAGCGGGACGUGCAAGACAUGGGUCCUGGACUCCUGGAGAUGCAUCCUGUAGUCAACGUUUUUUUGGCAGUUGCGUCUACCGCUGCUCCGGUUGAGCUGCUGAGCAUGUGGUGGCCGUGUAAACGUCGAAACGUGCGCCGGUCUAACCCAGCACGAUGCCGCGGCGACUUCUCCUUUCCUCUGGCUUAGAAUACCGCAGCAGAUUCCCUGAUCAGAAGAAAAAGAAAAAUGCCGCAGCAAGUGCAGAUUCUUGCAGUAUGGCACGGAGCAUUCAGCAGGGGGAACCGAACGGUGCCGUCGUCACGCCAAAGCAACAGUACACGUCCCUACCCGCGUCCACCCUCCGUUCCGUCUCGUUUCUUUAAGCCGUACUAUUACGCACCACAACAAAAAUCAGCGGCAAAUGAAAGCUGACUGCUGACAGAAUACUUGCUCUGCAUACGCCCUGCACACAUAACCAUUCCGGCCGGCGCGCCUCUCACCUUCCUCACCCAACCAAACCCCGGGAGCGAUAGAUACCCUACGACGAGACCCGCACACGGUUCCCCACCCCGAUUCACAGCCGAUUCUCGUCUCAGCUCGCGACGGGAUCGAUCAUCGACCCGAGGUUGGAUUGGACCGGAGGCCGGAAGGGGAAUAAUGGCGCGGUGAGUGAGACCGGCUGCUAUCUUCGAUGGCGGGAGGCGGGCGCGUGCGGUUCAACGUGGGCGGGCAGUUGUUCGAGACGACGACCACCACGCUCGCCAACGCCGGCCGCGACUCCAUGCUCGGCGCGCUGCUCGACUCUUCCUGGAACGUCCCAUGCGCUUCUUCGGCCGGAGGAGCAAAACAGCCGGCGGAGUACUUCAUCGACCGCAACCCGGCGUGCUUCGCGGUGCUCCUCGACCUGCUCCGCACGGGCAGCCUCCACGUCCCGCCGCAACUCCCGGAGAAGCUCCUCUACCGCGAGGCGCUCUACUACGGCCUCCUGGACCACGUCCGCUCCGCGCGCUGGGGCGCCUUCGACGGCGACCGCCUCCGCCUGGCCUCCUCCGUCCCGGGCCGCGCGCCCGGGGACGGCACGGCCAUCCGCGCCGCGCCCGACGGCGGGCUCUGCGUCGCCCACGGGGGCGCCGUGCGCGUCUACAACUGGAUGCUCGACGAGCGCCGCCCCGUCUCGCUCGACCACUACUCCCAGGUCAACGACGCCGCCUACCUCGACGCCGCAACGCUCCUCGUCGCCGCGCGCGAGAAGAAGCGGCUCGGCAACGGCGAAGACGGCGGCGGGAUGGCCGCCUUCUCCGCGGCCUCCGGGGACCUCCGCCACCGCUUCCGCGUCCAGCACGCCCGCCAGCCCAAGCCCUUCACCGCCGGCGCGCUCGCGUUCCAUGGCUCCUCCGGGAGGAUCUUCGCGAGCUGCAAGGGCCGCCUCAACGAGCACGGCGUCGGCGUCUGGGACAGCGCCACGGGCGAGCAGGCCGACUUCUUCUACGAGCCGCCGGGCUGCGCGCUGGGCGACGCCGACAGGCUCCAGUGGCUCGACGCCGCCAGCGCGCUCAUGGUGGCCACGCUGUUCCCCAAGACGGACCACUGCUCCAUCGGGCUGCUGGAUUUCCGGGACAAGAGCGUGGCCUGGUCCUGGUCCGACGCCGGCACGGCCGAGGACAAGCGCGUGCUCCACGCCAUUGCCAUGGACGACGAGCACUCCGUCUGCGUCAUCAACCAGUACGACGACCUCGGCUUCCUCGACCUCAGGACGACCGCCGGCGGGGUGCGCUGGAGUUCCCGGAGCAAGCUCAUGAACCGGAAGGCGCCCGGGGAGGAGAGCUGCUACCCGAAGCUCGCCACGCACGGCGGGCAGCUCUUCUCCUCCAUGAACGACAGCAUCUCGGUGUUCAGUGGCCCCGAGCACGUGCUGACGUCCACGCUCAGGAGGAGCUACGGUGGCCCCAUCUGCGAUUUCUCCAUUGGAGGCGACCGGCUCUUUGUUCUGCACAACGAGGAGAAUGUGUUCGACGUCUGGGAGACGCCGCCCCCGCCCAUCAUCUGAUCGACACGGCCUGCUCUGCUCUCGGGUUCGCCGUGACUUCAGUUGUACCCUUUGCGUUUUUUGUUCUCGCGCGUCACAAGUGCUCACUAGUCACUUACGGAAGAAAAGAAAUACGUACAGUAAAUUCAGAAUGGUUUCAACAACUGAUAUUACUCAUCACAGUUGACUGUAACUUUCGAUAUUAACAGCCAGGGCAUUCCUAAGCUUGCUUGCUGACACAGGAAAGAGAAGUACAAUUCAAGUACAUUUCUAGUCUGUACUUUUUUCUUCUUUUGACAGGAGAGUUCAAGUCUGUACUUUGUAACGGACUGAGCAUUAUCAUUUUGUACAUGUCUUUUACUGAAUUAUCUUGCAA